UGCAGCUUCGCCAUGGAUAUGAGAAUAUUCASUUGGAUCAUAGCAAUGAUAGCUAGAGUCUAUGCAUUAGAUGGGUGCAAAACAAUGAUUUUCCCCGACGAGCUCACUUUGCAAGGUCAGGCCCUCUUGGGGUUUGUUUUCAAGACCAUCAUAACAUCAGAUGAAAAGCUUUGUAGGAACCAGUGUUACAUGGACACGAGUAAUCGUUGUUUGUCAUAUAACUACUUACCGAAUGGACUCACCUGUGAGCUCAGUGAGUCUAAUCACGUGAUCCAUCGGGAGUACUUGGUAACCAGGCCGGGUUCUAUUUAUAGAGCAGCGGAGAACACCUGCACAUGUUCAAAAUAUCAGAUUUGUCGACACAACUUCAUUGACAACACACACUUGUGUGAGUGUCAUGCCAACUUCACGGGCUCCCUGUGCAACCAAGGUUCUUCAUCCACAACAAGCCUUACUUCAUCAUCAACAGCCGCCAGUAUUGAAACUAGUACAUCAUCGCCUACAACCAUCAUUCRAAGUACARCAUYGGUUACCAGCGGUCAUGGGACAAGUACGCAAUCAUCAACCACUGACCUUCAGACUACUACAYCAACAACUAACAACAACGUACAACAAMGUAMAACAUCAACUAUUCUUACACCUACAUCAACURCUACCAGCGCMUCAGCUAAUAUUGCACCAUCUACUACUACAACAACAACAACUACUACUACUACAACAACUACCCAUCAAACGACUUCUUCACAAUCYACUAACAGAAUUACAAGUACUAGUACAUCGACGUCUACUAGGACAACGUCAAGCAGUCAAGCUACUACAGGGAAUGCAGCCAGUGAGACCACCCAAAUGGCUUCUGUAAUUCAUACWGUGCCUCCCACUACCGCUACAAGCGUCGCAGAAAACCCAUGCUCAAGCCAUCCAUGCCUCAAUCAAGGAAGYUGUACACCAGCAUCAGACGGCACCUUCAGCUGCUCAUGCGCAUUUGGGUACUUGGGGUCAACGUGUAAUAUAGCUUUCCGAGAUUGUUCCAAAUACAAAACUGCUAAUCCAGCCCUGCAGAGUGGAAAAUACAUUAUCCAGCCAGAUACCAGCAAACCUGCAUUCACAGUGUACUGUGACAUGACAACCAAAGGUGGUGGGUGGAYAGUCAUUCAGAGAAGGAUUAGCAAUGCCACCACCUUUACAAGACUUUGGAGCGACUACAAGAAAGGCUUUGGGAAUUUAGCUGGGAAUUUCUGGCUGGGAAACGAUAAUAUCUAUAGAUUAACCAACAGCUUUCAUACAACUCUUCGAAUUAAUGUGACAGAUUUCUCAGACAAGGUAGUCUACUCGGAACACACUAUAUUCAAAGUCGGUGACGAAGCGAGCAAAUACCUUUUGACCAUCAAGGGAUUGUAUGCAGGCACGGAUGGAAAUGCCAUGUCAGCUCACAAUGGAAUGAAGUUUAGUACCUCGGAUAGUGACAACGACGACAAUUUAAUCUCCAACUGCGCUUCAACUCACAAAGGUGGAUUUUGGUAUAAAGACUGUAUUGAAGAUGGAGCGAGUCCAAAUGGUAUCUACACCGGCAGCAAUGCUUUAAACCCAACAGGAAUUAUUUGGAAAUCAUGGAAAAAGACACUCGAGAAUAUGAAGUCGGUCCAGAUGAUGCUCAGACCUCCAAACUAUGAUUGCGAGCUCAAGACCACGACUAAUAAAUGUUGCCACAUCCCAUUUCAAUACGGAACAGACAACUACAAGUGUACGAAUGCUGGUACAGGAAUUUAUAACUACUAUUGGUGCUCGUAUCAGUACAGAUAUAACACAGAAGAAGAUGUAUAUUGGGGUAGAUGUUGAGGGCCAGUUGCUUACUUUUCUUUGAUCAUUAA